AUGAGUACAGCACAACCACAAGUUACACAAGUACAACAACCAAAGAUGGUCAACACAUCGACUAUACCAAACUAUAAGAAAUUCACAGUCGUCUACCCACAAUAUAUGAACUCUAGUCUCAAAAGAGAUCAAGGUAGAAAAGUACCAAAGGAUAAGGGUGUAAAGAACCCAAUGUUAGAAGAGAUAGCAAAGGCUAUUGCUAUGCUAGGUCUUCAUCCAAUUAUAGAAACAUCAAAAGGAUACCCAGCAGAUUUCUAUCAAAGAGGUAGAAUUAGAUUACAAAUCAUUAAUUUUGAAACACAGGUACCUUUGGUAGCUUCAAUAUCCAAUAAAACACAAUUAUUAUUAAAGAUUUGCGAAUAUAUUAAUACAAACUACCCAAAUAGACCAGAAGAUUUCAAACCAGAAUCAAUGUUGAUGUUAAAUACACCAAUCGUUAAACCAAAAGAAGAAAAGGAAAUUAAAAAGGUGGUGGACAAUAAGAAGAAGAAAGGAAAAUAA